CUCGCCGUCGUCGCAACGUCACGAGCUCCACACAGACGCCCGCGCAGGAUCAGCUGUCGCAACUGAUACGCACCGCACGGCGAGGCGAAGCCCUGUAAUAAGCCGCAGUGCGGUGUGCCAUGGAGCUGCUUUGUGCGGAACGCGUGAGCCCGAGCACCGAGGGCGCGGCGCCGGCGCCGGGCCCGCGGGCCGCCGUGCCGGACCCGGUGCUGCUGCGGCGCCGCGUGCUCGACAACCUGCUGCGCACGGAGGAGCGCUACGCCGUCACCGCCAACUACUUCGGGACCGUGCAGACGGAGAUCACGCCUCACAUGCGCCGCCUCGUCGCCGAGUGGAUGUUAGAGGUAUGUGAAGACCAAGGAUGCCAAGAGGAGGUGUUCCCCCUAGCGGUGUCGUACCUGGACCGCUUCCUGAGCAUCUGCCCAGUGGGUAAGAGCCAGGUGCAGCUGUUGGGCACGGCGUGCCUGCUGCUGGCGUCGAAGCUGCGAGAGCCCGGCUCGCGCUGUCUGCCCGCCGAUCUGCUCGUCUUCUACACCGCCAAUAGCAUCACCCUCGCCGACCUAUGCAGUUGGGAGUUGCUCGUGUUGUCGAAGCUGAAGUGGGACGUGGCCGGAGUGACGGCGCACGACUUCCUGCCGCUGCUGCUGUCGCGGCUGCCUCUGCGGGGGCUCGUCAACACCACCAUGGUGCACCGGCACGCUCAAACCUUCAUCGCGCUCGCUGCCAGAGAUUACGAGUUCACGCUAUACUCCGCGAGCACGCUGGCGGCGUGCAGCAUCGCCGCGGCGCUGCGCGGGCUCAGCCUGGACGGCCAUCUCGCGCGCCUGCACGACCUCACUGGCAUCGACUUGGAUUGCCUACACACCUGCCUCGAACAAAUAGAGGAGAUGGUGCAACACAUGAUAGAAGAACGCCCGGCCCCUGGCCCAAACGGGCAGACCAGGGAGGCGGGGGGGUGGACGCCCCCGCCCUCCCAGGACAAGGCGCAUAGCAACGCCGCCACCCCCACCGACGUCAGAGACGUCCACUUCUAACUUCAUACAGUUCCCUUAAAAGGUGCAAGUACGAAAAUACUUUAAACUAAACCUAUAGUUAUUAGGGUGCAUAGUGAUCGAGGACUGAUACCAAGACUGACAAGCACAUGUCUACACGUAGGCACGCGCCUACUUACUAUAAGUAUAGUACAUGUAUAGAGUAAGUUAAGCUAAGUGCGCCUGCGAGCUACUCGCUGGCUGGUAUCGCCGGCCGUGGGGCGCAGCACUCGGUGUGUUUACUUUUCAAACGCAUCUUCCAAUUGUAGUAAACAUUGUUCUUGAAAUUACAAUCUACCUCUUAUUAUUUAAGACAGAAUUUCAGUUUCGUCUGGCCGUAAGCUGUAUUUGUAAAGCACGGUACACGCUGACUACAUUUUCAUGGUGUUUAUAUGGGACCAAAGCAUCAUUUUGUUUUAAAAAUGAUCUGAUAUGUAACAUAGAAUGACUGUUAUGCUUAACCAUAAUGGUAUAGUCGUACAUAUUUCAUAUUUGGGUUGAUUACGAUGAAAACAACUUCCACAGUAAAGUGAUUUCCGUAAAGUUGAUAAACCUGUUGUAUCACGAUAUCCAUCAAAUUCUACUUAUAUCGGGGGAAGGCAAUAAAAUACGCUUUUAUAUUUUGUAAAAACUAAUGUUACGUUCAUUAAUUUUAUCAUAUUUAUAUACUAUAGGCACUACACAUAAACAAAUUCAUAGGUGGUUAGUAGUUGAUUUGAAGGAUACCGUGUGUUGGGGACGUGGAUGUCUCGAGGGGAGACGAGCAUGAAGGGCUGUAUUUUUGUUUCCGCUCUCUCAAAGAUUCUCUUAAAGACUAAUUCUCUAUGUAGGCAAAUAAAAUAUUGUUCCUCUUGUAAGAAUAACAGUGAUGUUUAGCUUUUAAUUAGGUAAGCCGCGGUAGGGCACCAACAACUGUAGGUUUAAUGUUAACUUUUAAUGUGAUAGUGUCGAAAGAUGAUUGAACUUCGUAUCAUAGUCACUUCAAGUCAUAAUAUGUAAACUUAGAGGUACUAUUUUUGGAUAAAUUAGAAAAAUAGAAAAAAAUGUGAUUUAUUAAAAUAUCCUUGCUAGAAAUUGUAAUUUACCUAGUUUAGGUGUGUAAUACCUAGGUAGCACAUAAUGUUUGUUACGUUCCUAUGUUAGCAAAUGUCAAAAGUCCUAUGUAGGUAAUGUUAUGCAUGCAAUAGUCGAAUUCCACCACUAUGUACUUAAUAUUUCAUUACCAAAACUACAAUAAGUCAUAUCCAAGCCCACAUUACUAAUAUUUCAUAAUUGUGAUAUUAUACCUACCUUGUUAUUGACAUUAAUAUUAAGUAUUUUAGAUUUCAGUUUGUAUUUCUAUUUCGGGUUAUGAGAAAUAUCUACCUACCUUGUACAUAUUUGAACGAAUGUUCCUGUAUUGGACCUGUUCGCUAACUUGGCUUAAAAUGUUACUGUUAGUUUUUUCACUUUGGGAUCAGCAUAUUAUGUCCACAAAAAGAGUGUUGAGUUUACACAUAGCUUGGACAUAAUUACACUUUAGCAUUUAGUUUUGCGAGUUAGCGAACGGAAGAAAAACCUCUCUAAGAAAGCAUGUACCCUUUCUCUAUUGUCGUUUAAACUACAUCUGUGAGAAAGGAAAGAGGAAGACUGACGAAAGGAGAUAUCCAUUGAUCAAUCUUCCCCUUUCCUUCCACUUCACCAAUUUAUCAUGACCAAAUUGAAAAAAAAAAUAACCCAUUGCCAAACUACAACCUUUGCACUAUAGUAAAGAAAAUAUGUGCUCAGUAGAUUAAUAUAGACUAAGUAAACAAUCAGUCCAGUGUCUUCCAUGAUAUUAUCGAGGAAGCAGACAGGCUGUCAGCGACGUGGAAGUCGCUGCCAACGAUGAGUCUGUUUCUUCACUAUUUAGAUUCUAUAUAGAUACAGCGGUAAUUAGUUAGAUUAGGGCAUUUAUUAAUGUAGAUAUUUUAUAGUUAUGUAAAUUAGUAGAUUGUUUUAUAAAAUUAUGCUGUAAGCAUGUGGUGCCAUAGUAACACUCCUAAAAAGUAUUGUAUAAAAUAUUAGCACUUAUAAUUACUAUUACAUAUUAAAUGUACCGGCGAUGUCCGCGUUCCGUUAUAUUCAAGUACGCACUUUAGAAUUCAAUUUACGUUACAUCUAUAGGAAGUAUUUCAGUUGACAUAAUUGAAAGUAUACAUUUUAUUAUUUAAUUUAUAUCGUGUAUAAACAAAGUUAUGUGGGAAAAUAAUACGCAUUACAUAGAUAGUCUUAUUGAAUGCUUGGAGCUUUGGACUAGCUUCACAUAUUUUAAGAAAUGUAAUUACAUUGACAUGAAAUGUAAGAGGAAAAUAUUUUCCUGAUUUUUAUUUAAGAGUUUAAGUUCCAAAUAAGUUAUGUUUUGUAUGGAAUCGUACAGUUGACGAAUAAUCGUAAUCUUAAAAUUAUGGCAAAUGAGCGCCGAAGUCGUGAUUGUAAAUUAGUGUAGGUAGUUUGUAAUGUCUGAACGUUCUGACUAGGUACCUAUACUGAAAUGUAAAUAAAAACAAUAAACAUAUACAAAAAUAUAAA